AUGGCAGCAAUAACCCACAGGAAAGAGGAACCUCAAAAUAAUAAACUAGACCGAGCCAAGAACAGCAAGGUGCUCACAAACUUCCGCGUAUCACUAGAAAUAUCGGCAAAGCUCCCGGAGGAAACAGCAGAGCUGUUUAGGGAUCAGCUUUGUAAACAUCCAACUUUUCUGGAACCGCAGCCACGCACCAACCCGGGCCGAGCCAACCCCGUCCAAAGCCAAGCAGGUGAUGAACACAAAGGAGACCUAAACCUGCUGUGUUGUCUGCAGCGACCGCCAAGGUGCCCCCUACGCGGGCACCUCCCGAGCUCCCCGCUCCGGGCCGGUCAUAGCUGCCCGCCGCCCGGAGACUUCAGCCCCGGAUCCACACAGCACCUCCGGCACCUGCGGAGCGCGGGCAGCGGCUGCGGACGGUCCGCGCCCCGAGCGGCGCCGCUCCAGCGCUCCAGACGCGCAGAUCCCGGCUGGAAGCGCUUCCCGCAGGCGGUGCCGCCGCCGCCCGGCUCGGGGAGCCCGCAGAGCCGCGGGACGGGACCGGACAGGACGGGCCGUGCGGACAGCGCUGCCCCGGGCCCGGGCCCGCCGCUCGCAGGUGCCGCCCGGCAGCGCGGGCAGCACCGGGGCCGCGCCAGGGCCGCGCCGGCGGCAGCAGCAGCGCCCGGAGGCCGAGGGUCGCGGAGACCCCCGGGAGGGGCGGGCGAAGCGGGGCACGGCGGGGAGCGCAGCGAGCGGCCCCGGCAGGGCGGGGCCGGGACGGCGCGGGGCCCGCAGCUCAGCCCGACCCCCGGGGCUCCCCGCGCCUACCUCGGCCAUUUCCCCUCGUCCCUGCUGCUCCCGGCGGGAGCGCUCCAGGCUGCGGGCAGCUCCCCCCGCUCCGCCGCGCUGCGCUCACUUCCGCCCGGCCGCGCGGGGCGGGGCGGAGCGGGGCGGGGCGGGCGCCGCGCCGGGCCCGGCCCCGGGGCCGCCUCACCUGAGCCCGCAGCGCCGCCGCGGCCCGGCCCGCGCAGGGAGCCCGUCCCGCCGGGGCGGCCGUGGGGGGGCCGCGGGGCCGGGUGGCGCUGGGGUGACUCUCCGUCAUUUCCUCCCCUUAUCGGCCGAUCUUCCCAAGAAUGCUCGGCAUGA